AGUUCUUCAACAAACUCAUGGUUCGUUUUUUGGUGCCAGUUCAGGAGUCAAGCCAGAGCAGGAGGGUGGUGGUGUCGCACAAUGUGGACAAAACCCUGAAGGAAGGUAAUUAGUCACCUGUUUUAUGGCACAUUUAUGUGAAUGCAUGAGGAGCUAUUGAUGUGUGAGGAGAUUUUGAUAUGCUAGCAGAUGAUGUUAAAAAGAACUUAAAAACCCCCCAAUUGCUUCUUCUGUUUCUGCCAUUUUUGUGGCAUCCUGUCUUUAUAGAGUAAAAUGUGUGAGCGAAUCAAGAUUCUGAAAUUGGAUCAUAUGACAGUCAGACGUCUGAGAUCACUUGAGAGUCAAGUGUGGUCAUUUUUUGAAAGGCUUUAAAUUGGCGAUUGCAGAAGAGUGAGAUUUUCAUUGAUUAUUCAUGCUACUUUUUUGAAGGACUUCAGAAGCAAAAAAAACAAAACAAAAAAAAACUUCAGAAGCAAACAUGAAUGUGUCUUCCUCUAAAUUUCAGUUUCAGUUAUUUCAGUGUUUGAAUUCCACGUAUAAAAAGUUCAAAAUUCCAUAAAAAGACUUUUCCUUUAGCAUUUAUGCUCUUUUCAAGCUCUGCAUUUUUUUUGUUUUGUUUUGUUUGUGGACUCUACCGUAGUAGCUUAUCUUACAUUGGGCCUCGGUCUAGCCUCUCAGUUCAUAACACUGUCUGAAACAAAAUGUUUCAGCUCCCUUUCCUGUCCAUUAAUGCUCCUGAUUGGCUGCCACUCUCAAACAAAAUACAUGAACAGCAGCUGUGGUCUUAACUUUGAGAUGACUGUAAUAAGGACAUCCAUUCUCACUGGUGUUAUUCAGAGUUGAGAGCUGGGAAAACGUAAAAUUUUUAAAAUGUAGUACUUUACAGCAUCAACACUGCCUUCUCUCCAGUCAUCGAAUUAGACAUAUUUUGGUGGCAUUACAAUACAUUGUAUAAUACUGCACUUCGACAGUGGUGAUUCAAAAGGAUAGUCAUGUUGAUUCUUAUUGUGGCUGGCUCUGUUUUGGAAAAAAAAACUUUGCUUUUUUUCAUAUUGAAAACUUGAAGCUUACACAGCAUUAAAAUCUGUUUUUCACUCUCAGUAGUAUUAGGAGACCUUUCCUGAAAUGACUGACUGAUGGAAAAAGUUUCAACUUCUGUUUUUGACAAAAUUGCUGACUGACGGAGCUCUGCUUCUGUCAUUCACCACGACCUGUCACCCAUCUCUCCCACACAUUAAACCAGUAGAAGGUUAAAGACACGUACACACUGGGAGCCGCAAACAGACACUCGCACACCCAUGCACGCUCAGUAGAUCAGUGCAUGUGCCUGCCAAGUAACAGAUGGCUCCAGGAUUUACACUGAGGGUGUGUGUUUGCACAUCCUUCUGUGUGUUUUUAAAAAAUGGUCCUUUGAUUGCAGUGUGAUACAAGUUUAUGACAUUAUUAGCUUUAUAAUCAAGACGGGCUGUGUCAGUGAACUGAUGCCUUGAUAUACCUUGAUGUGUUUUGUGGGAUUCUUUAGAGUGAUGCAUUUAAAGCAAGCAGAAUACUUGCAUUCUAGUUAGAACCUUUCCAGAGGAGCUUACUGUGAGUGCUCAACACAAAAUACCUUCUGAACUGUCUCAUUUAUUUUAUUCAUUUUUUUUUAAAAAGAUGAAGAAGUAGUAUGAGAGCAUAAUGUUGUUUGAAGUGGAAACUGAGAAAUGGAGCAAAUCCAAUUGUGCAAGAUUGGUCUUUAUCUGUUAUUAGAGUGCUAACCUCUCUAACCAUUCAUCCCCCCUCUUCAUCUGUUUCUAAAGCACUGAUCCUGGUCAGUUCCAGUGUCUAAAGGCACACAUAGAGGUUGUAUGGUCGCUUAACUUGCAUGUCUCUGGUUAAAGGGAAAAAUCCCAAGAAGGUGACAAAGUAUGUGCUUUACAGUCAUUCCUUACAAGAGUGAAUGCUGGUCAUGUCCGUUGUGAGUAUUAGGGUGCUUCUCCUCCUGUUCUGCAACAUACAGUACAUGUUGAUAAUGUGCUGUAUAUAAUCUACAGAGGGUUAGCUUGGAUCACUGCAUACACUUCAAAGACAGAGAGAUUCUGCAUUUAGUUAAAAGAUCACAACAGAACAAUUGGGUUGGUUCACACAUUAAAACUGAAUUUCACAGAGAAGGGGAAGUGCCACACUGUACUUCAAAGCAUAACUCGAUCAGUAUGCAGUUAUUCAAGUGAUAAUAUUAAUUUAAUUUUUACAGUUGAAUUCAUUAUUUUAUGUAUAUGUUGUACUGUUUAGAAUACUGGACGAGCUGCUCAUAUUUGGAUUGCAUCUGAUUUUCUUUUUUUUUUUUUUCUUUUUUUUUUCCCCCUGUGAUUUUGCUCUUUGUGCAGUUUGUAAGUUAAAGAUUUGACCAGUAAAAUCAGUUUUUCAGCAGCUAGUUAAAGCAGAGCGCUCACUGUUAAGCUAUGAUGUUCCCAGGGUUAAAAUUAACCUUCCAGUUGCAGCCGUCUGUGUGGAGUCUGGGUGUGUUAUUUAUAUAUUUCUGUCAGUUUUUUUCCAGGUGCUGUAGUAGGUGUCUCCUCCUAUAUUCUUCCUGUAGUUACAUCAUUUGAAAGUGAGUGUGAGGGAUUGCCAGUGUUUUGUUCGUUUGUUUGUUUGUUUUUGUGCAUCUAAUGGUCAGCUCUGUGAUGAGGUGGUGAGCUGUCCAGUUUCCAGUUACAGCUUUCCCCUCACAGAAUGAAUGCUGGGAUAAGCUCUCGGGGGGGAGGGCUGGGGACCGUUUACAGAAAAGCGGGCACAGAAAGUAGAUGAUGGAAAGCGUGAACCACCCUCCAGCUUUCAUAAGCUGCACCUGGGCUUUGGGGAAAUGAAACUCGAUGCACCCGUUGUGGUCUUCAGUGGCUCAUUGAAAACAGAGUUUAUACAGGUGUUUGACUAUGCCUACAGAGACUAUAUCCUGUCCUGGUACAUUCCUUUGAGUCAUGAUGAAGGCCAGUUGUACUCCAUGCUGUCAGAGGACUGGUGGCAGAUGAUCGGGCAGUUGAGAUCCAGGCUUGCUGAGAUCGACCUCGUCAACGUAGUGUGUUAUGACAGCAUCCGGAUUCUACACACACACUUCACCGACCUCAAAGCUGCAUCUGCAAGACCAGAGGAAGUGGCUCGGCCGUUUCCUCUCCAUCCCUGUUUGGUCAGUCCAGAAUCGGAGCUGGCCUUCCUCCGCUGUGUAGCCAGAAUACUACUGCUAUGUCUGCUGCCACAAAAGGAUGCCAAGUCGCACACACUACGCUGCUGUCUCACUGAAGUCAUCACUAAUAAAGUCCUGAAGCCGUUGGUAGAGGUACUCAGCGAUCCAGAUUCCAUAAACAGGAUGUUGUUGUCUCAGCUGGAAAAGAGGGAGCAGCAGGCUGAGCAGCAGAAGAAAGCCUACACCUACGCUGCCUCCUAUGAAGACUUUAUCAAACUGAUAUCAACUUCUACUGAUGUCAAUUUCCUCAAGCAACUCAGGUAUCAGAUCGUGGUAGAGAUUAUUCAUGCCACCACCAUCAGCAGCCUGCCUCAGCUCAAGAAGCAGAAAGAGAAAAAAGGUAAAGAGUCAGCAGCCAUGAAGGCCGACCUGCUGAGAGCCAGAGAUAUGAAAAGAUAUAUCAAUCAGCUGACUGUUGCUAAGAAACAAUGUGAAAAAAGGAUCCGCCUCCUUGGAGGGCCAAACUAUGAGAAUAGUGAGGAAGGAGGGGCCGAUGACAACGACGAGCCUCAAAGCCAGAAGAUUCUCCAGUUUGAUGACAUCCUGUGUAAUCCAAGUUACAGGGAUCAUUUCAGAGUUUACAUGGAGAGAGUAGAUAAGAGAGCUCUGAUAAGCUUCUGGGAACUGGUGGAAACACUGAAAACUGCCAACAAGAAUGAGGUGCCCCAAAUUGUUGGGGAAAUUUACCAGAAGUUCUUUGUGGAGAGCAGAGACAUUCCAGUGGAGAAGUUUCUUCUGAAAGAGAUCCAGCAGAGUUUGGUGGGGAACAGAGGAACACAAGUCUUUGUUAAACUACAAGAACAGGUUGCUGAGACAAUGAGAGAGCGUUACUACCCCUCCUUCCUGGUGUCCGACCUCUACGAUAGGCUGAUCAGACGAGACGACCAUCACAGCCAAUCGCGGUGUAGUCCAGAGGAAAAGGGAGAAGGGUGCCAGGGUCUAGAUACAGGAGAGGUGUGUGACGAGGGCAGUAAAGGAAUCAAUGAGCAGGCGAGCUAUGCUGCUACUAAACUACACCAGCUCUAUGACAAACUGGAGUACAAGCGACAAGCCCUGGGCUCAAUCCAGAACGCACCCAAACCAGACAAGAAGAUAGUAAGCAAACUAAAAGAAGAAAUAGGAGCCAUGGAAAAAGAACACAGCGAACUUCAGCAACACAUCACAAGGACUGACUGGUGGUGUGAAAACCUGGGGAAUUGGAGGGCUACGAUAACUACAGCUGAGGCUGCAGAGGAAGGUGGUGAGACUGUAGCUUGUUACAGUGUGUGUGUUAGCCUGGUGGAAGGAGAAGAAACGGCCAACAGUCGCUGGAGCGUCCAGAGGAAACUCACUGAAUUCCAAAUGUUGCACCGCAAACUCACAGAGUGUUUUCCAUCACUGAAGAAACUCCAGUUACCAUCACUCAGUAAACUUCCCUUCAAAUCUAUUGACCAGAAGUUUUUGGACAAAAGCAAAACACAACUCAACACUUUUCUCCAGCGUCUCCUAACAGAUGAGCGGUUGUGCCAGUCAGAGGCUCUCUAUGCUUUCCUCAGCCCGUCUCCAGAACAUCUGAAGGUGAUGUCUAUUCAGAAGAAAUCCUCUUUCUCACUGGCCUCCUUCCUAGAGAGGUUACCUGGAGAUUUUUUCUCCCAUACUGAGGAGGAUGGCGAUGACGACAGUGACUUGUCAGACUACGAUGAAACAGACGGGCGGAAAGAUGCUCUGGCUGAACCCUGCUUCAUGCUCAUAGGAGAGAUCUUUGAACUCAGAGGAAUGUUUAAGUGGGUGAGGAAGACUUUAAUUGCACUAGUCCAGGUGACAUUUGGACGAACUAUCAACAAACAGAUCCGGGACACUGUAAACUGGAUCUUCUGUGAACAGAUGUUGGUGUGCUACAUCAGUGUGUUCAGGGACACCUUCUGGCCUGAUGGCAAGCUGGCGCCACAUAUCAAAGCUCGAACGGAUUAUGAACGCACUGAGACCAAGGAGCGUGCUCAGCAGAAACUACUUGACAACAUCCCAGAUGCACUCACAAAUCUAGUUGGCCAGCAGAAUGCCCGCUACGGCAUCAUCAAGAUCUUCAGUGCUCUGCAGGAGGCCAAUGCCAAUAAGCACCUUCUCUAUGUAUUGAUGGAAAUGUUACUAAAGGAGCUGUGUCCUGAGCUCAGGGCUGAGGUGGACAGUAUGUGAACACAUGCAUGA